CGUUGAAGACUGCAGUAUUAAUAUUCAUGAGCGAAGUCUUUGCAUCGGAAACUAUUGGCGCAGCGUAAUUAAUAUUCAGGAGCAAACCAUCACCAUUGGUAGGUUGUGCAGCACAGAUCUAAUUAGUAUUCAUGAGCGGUUCCCUUCGACGUAGUAGGAUUCCUGAUUUCGAGCCUCGCCGAGGCACAAAGUUUCAGAGGAAAGCGUUUGCAGACCCAGACACGAUGAGCGUUGGAUAUGCAACACAGCAUUAUUUUGUGUUUCUGUAAGCCUACAGUAGAGAAUGGAUAAGCGACCGGCCUCAGCGCAGUCAAACGCUGAAACUCCAGACAGUCCCACAGGGGCUCAUGUUGAAUGGUGCAAACAACUGAUUGCUGCCACAAUGUCAAGUCAGAUCUCUGGACCCAUCAGCUCAGAAAUGAUUUUCAGAGAGUACAAGGACUGUGAUGUGGAAGUUAAAGGAUUUCUCUUGGACAGUGACCCUCAGCAGACUGCCCCCUCUUCGGCACUCAGAGAAGGAAAUAAGCAGGCUCAAAUGGAAGAGGCACCGCGUGUUCCUGGAGAAAGCAUUAAAGCUAUUGUCAAAGAUGUCAUGUAUAUUUGUCCAUUUUCUGGGGUCGUGAGGGGGACUCUAACCAUCACUGACUACAAGCUCUUCUUUAAAAGCCUGACGCGGGAUCCUCCGUUUGUGCUGGAUGUGAAUCUUGGAGUCAUUAGCAGACUGGAGUCUAUCGCCGUUCAGAGUCACGGAGACAACACUCAAGGACUUGAGAUAGUUUGCAAGGACUUGAGAAACCCCCGGUUUGCGUACAAGAAGGAGGGACAGAGCAAUUUGGAGGUGUUUGAAACACUGUCAAAGUACGCAUUCCCUCUCUCCCACAACCUGCCUCUCUUUGCCUUUAAGUACCGGGAGACGUUUCCAGAAGAUGGCUGGAAGAUCUACGACCCAGUCGCGGAGUAUAAGAGGCAGGGUCUUCCGAACGAGAGCUGGAUCAUCAGUAAAGUCAACAGCAGUUAUGAGCUGUGCGAGACGUAUCCCGCUCUGCUGGUUCUGCCUUCAAACGUCACAGAGGACGAACUGAAGAGAGUGAUGGCCUUUAGGGCCAAACGCCGUUUCCCAGUGCUGUCCUGGAUUCACCCUGAGAGUCAGGCCGCUAUAGUGCGCUGUGGUCAGCCGCAGGUGGGUCCAUCAGACCGCCGCUGCAGGGAGGAUGAGCGGUACCUGCAGACCAUACUCGACGCCAACGCUCAGUCUCACAAACUCUGCAUCUUUGAUGCUCGCCAAAGCACUGUAGCUGACACUAACAAAGCCAAAGAUGGAGGAUAUGAGAAUGAGAGUUUCUAUAUCAAUGUGGAGCUGAACUUUCUGGAGAUCCCCAACAUACACGUGAUGAGAGAAUCCCUGAGGAAACUCAGGGAGGUGGUGUAUCCUGCCAUCGACCAACAGCGCUGGUUCUCAUCUGUGGACUCUACACAUUGGCUGGAAUACAUCAGGCUCUUGCUAGCAGGUGCGGUGCGCAUCGCAGACCGAAUCGAGUCGGGAAAGACGUCAGUGGUGGUGCACUGCAGCGAUGGCUGGGACCGCACGGCUCAGCUCACCUCUCUGGCCAUGCUCAUGCUGGACGCACACUACCGCUCGCUCAGGGGCUUCCAGGUGCUUCUGGAGAAGGAGUGGCUGAGCUUCGGACACCGCUUUGCCUCACGAGUGGGACAUGGAGAUGGGAACCAUGCAAACUCUGAGCGCUCCCCUCUCUUUGUGCAGUUCAUCGACUGCGUCUGGCAAAUGACCCGGCAGUUUCCCUCUGCAUUUGAAUUCAAUGAGCUGUUUCUCAUCACGGUGCUUGAUCACCUAUACAGCUGCCUGUUUGGGACGUUUCUUUACAACAGCGAGCAAGAGCGACUCUCAAAGGAGGUGUACAGCAAGACCGUGUCUCUGUGGUCAUAUGUGAACAGCCAGCUUGAGGAGUUUACCAACCCGCUGUAUGUGAACUACGAGCACCAUGUUUUAUAUCCAGUAGCCAGUUUGAGACAUCUCGAGCUUUGGGUCAGUUAUUAUGUGCGCUGGAACCCUCGCAUGAGGCCACAGGUUCCUGUUCAUCAGAGUCUGAAGGAGUUGUUGGUCCUGAAGUCAGAGUUGCAGAAGAGAGUGGAUGAGUUAAAACGAGAUGCAGCUUCAUCACAUUCUCUCUCCUCUUCCUCAGAGCAUGAAGGCGUGCCCAUGCAGACAACUGUCUGAGCAUAUCUUAUUAACUUGGUAAAUACUGGUGUCAAAAAUCAUUAUAUUUGUUCCGAUCUCUGUUGCCACAGUUAGAUAAUAAAAAUGUUUACAUAUGUUUGAUAAGAUCCUAGUGUAAUCCUUGGAAUAAUAACCACUGUGUGGUUAUUGGUGCCCCCUAAAGGCCAUAAAACCACUCGCCAAAUCACAUAGCAUUACAGAGUUUUCUGUGCAUAACUUUGUGAAAGCUAUUUUGAUUUUUGUCACACAUUAUUGGGAACAAUUUUUUAAAAAUUGCACUUUUGGAGGUUGAUUUUAACAUCCGAGUUUUAUUGAGAGCUGAGUAUAAUGAAAAGCCUAUUCCAAGAAAUCGUGGUCAAAUCGUGUUAACAACAAUAAAAUGUUAUUCAGAACUAAACAGUCUCUCUACAGAAAAUGCCUGAAUAUUCCAGUGGCUUUGGCAAAAAUGUUCUAGCUCUUAUAUUGCAUACAAGAAUUACUCCUCAACACUAAUUGAAAUGUAACAUAAUUUAAAAUCAUGCGAAAUAUAAAAUUUGUCCAUAGCUUUUCUCUGUGGUAGUGACAUUUGUGUACAGAAACCGCCACCUUCUUUUAUUAUUAUAUUUUAUUAUUAUUUUAAGUGCAUUUCAAUAUGACAUUAUAAGGUUUACUAAAAGUUGCCUAAUGCGUAUGUUAUUUUCUGAAUGUGUUUGUAAUACCCUUUUUUUUUUUAGUUUU